GAAGGAGGACGUCCUACAGUGAGCAUUAUCUAUAGGCUAGUUGUUAUAAUAAGAUUUAUUGGCGAUUGGGGAACUUUAUUCUCUUGAUGUUUCAGAUUACAGCUACAUGGUUGUCGAUAGAUCUAGUCCUGCAUAUUGUCCACAUUUAAUCCCUUACGCGUACCUUUCGCGUCGGAACCGGAGAGGGAUAGAUUGCAAUAACCCUUGUUUACAGCGGAGGUUUAAAGGGUGGGAGGCGUUUCUCGCUGUUAAUGAAAUUUAUUGUACAGUUCUUUUUGGUUGUAAACGGGGCCAUUAACUAAAUAGUGGCCCCAUGACUUAGCUUAAGACCAAUUCGCAGUUCAGCUGUGACCUCCCUGUAUUGCAUUCAUUUUUAACUUUUAUGUUUCGUUUGCAGUUUUACUCUAUGUACUUGUGGAAAGGAUAACAAUCAUCAUCGUACUAGGAAUGUUUUUUUCUGUUCCCUGAUUAGCAAUGACUGAGGUCCUCCGUCGUAUCCAUGGGGUCAUUAUAAAAGUACUUUUGUUCCCCUGCGCGCUCCGGAAUAAGGGCCCGCGCCCCACCGCCUCCGAAGUGUUAACCUGUCACCUGGUGCAGCGCAGGCUCCCACCUUGGACCUCCUUCUGUGUGCGCUAUAGUGACAUCUCCAAUGAUCAGUUUGGACUGUCAAACUUUAAUUGGAAGGUAUCAGGAGCAAAUUAUCAUAUCCUCCGGACCGGGUGCUUCCCAUUUGUCAAGUACCACUGCACCAAAGCCCCUUUACAAGACUUGGACGUAGAAAAUAAUUUUUUUACCGUACUGAAAGUCAUCAAUCUUGGUCUCCCAUCGCUGGCCUAUGGACUGGGCUCUUGGCUUAUGAUUGGAGCAUCAGAAACUGUGCAGACGAGCUGCGGUCCUGUCACUGUCUACUUCCUGUAUAAAGAGAAGGAGGGGGCCCAGUAUUAGUGCUGAAUAAUGUGCUGCUGAGGAUAAUUCUGUGUGUGUGUGUGCUAAAUAGUCAUCAGAUUUUCUCUUGAAAAUGACAGAUCUCAGUCAGAACAGAGAACAACUACUG